AAUUUUCCUCCCACCCUCGUCUCUCUCAAUCAUCGUCAUCCUUUUGCACUUUUCUUACCGUCUCUUUCUCUCUUCCAGGCAGAAAAAGGGGAAAUUAUUGUUUAAAAUCCCCAACAUUUCUCUGGGAAAAUCAAAUUGGAUUCAUAGUCUCUCGGAGGAAAAAAAAGUCAUUUUUUUUUUGUAACUGACGAGAAUUCAGCUUUCCUUAAAAUUGAAGUUUUUGGUUUUUAAUGCAUGCUCUGUUUCAUUGGUUAAUCAUUUUUUGAGUUUUGACUAUAACCCAGGCAAGAAAGUGUAUAUUUUUAUUUCUGGGCAUUAGGGAGAUUCUUGAUCCUUGAAAACUCAUUAACUUUUCCUCUAAUAUCAUCAGAAUUCAAGAGUGAAGUGUUAAAAUUUAUAAUCUUGAAUCGUUCAUUGUUGGGUGAGGAAGAAUUUAGAGAAAAGGUUGUUGGGAAUCAGCUGACGACCAAAUUGAGAAAGUGUUGCUUGUUGGGAGUUAAGUUCCUGGGAAUUUGAGUUUUUUUUCUUUUUUUUUUGGUUUGGGGGGGUUGAAUUAAUUGCUGAAAAGAGAGGAAAGGAGAUGACGAUAGAGUCGUUGCCAGGGAGUUCAGGGUAUCUGGAUUUGUUUCCAGAGAGAAGAAUGACAUAUUUUAGUAAUCCUUAUGUUUUAGGACUUACUGUCGUUGCCGGUAUUGGUGGUUUGCUCUUUGGCUAUGACACAGGUGUAAUAUCAGGGGCCCUUCUUUACAUAAAAGAUGAUUUUGAGGUGGUCAAUCAGAGUAGUUUCCUGCAGGAAACUAUUGUCAGCAUGGCCUUGGUUGGUGCAAUGGUUGGAGCUGCAUCUGGGGGUUGGAUUAAUGAUGCUUAUGGACGUAAGAAGGCUACUCUUCUUGCAGAUGUUGUCUUUACAGCUGGAGCAAUUGUCAUGGCUAUUGCACCUGAUCCAUAUGUGUUAAUAUUGGGACGAUUUUUAGUUGGCCUGGGUGUGGGUAUAGCAUCUGUUACUGCACCUGUAUACAUUGCUGAAGCAUCGCCCUCAGAAGUAAGGGGUGGGCUAGUGAGUACAAAUGUGCUUAUGAUAACUGGUGGACAGUUUAUUUCCUACCUUGUAAAUCUUGCUUUCACAGAGGUUCCGGGAACUUGGAGAUGGAUGCUUGGAAUUUCAGCUGUGCCAGCUGUCAUUCAGUUCUUCUUUAUGCUAUGUUUACCUGAAUCCCCACGAUGGCUUUUCAUGAAGAAUGAGAAAGCUAAAGCCAUAGCUGUGCUUUCCAAAAUUUAUGACAUUGCUCGAUUAGAGGAUGAAGUUGAUCACCUUUCUGCUGCACUAGAAGAAGAGCGUCAGAGAAAGAGAACUGUCAGAUAUUUGGAUGUUUUUAAAAGGAAAGAAAUCAGACUUGCCUUUCUGGCUGGGGCUGGACUUCAGGCUUUUCAGCAGUUCACUGGCAUCAAUACUGUUAUGUACUAUAGCCCGACAAUUGUCCAGAUGGCCGGAUUCAAAUCCAAUCAGCUAGCACUUCUCCUGUCUCUCGUUGUUGCUGCCAUGAAUGCAGCAGGAACUAUAGUUGGCAUUUACCUUAUUGAUCAUGUUGGAAGGAAAAAGCUGGCUCUUUCGAGCUUAUCAGGUGUUAUUGCAUCCCUUGUCAUCCUUGCUGGGGCCUUCUUUGCUGAAUCAUCUGGUUCUUCAAAUGGACUCUAUGGAUGGCUUGCCGUCAUUGGAUUAGCCCUUUACAUUGCAUUCUUCUCACCUGGAAUGGGACCUGUUCCCUGGACUGUGAACUCAGAGGCAUACCCUGAGCAAUACCGAGGGAUAUGUGGUGGCAUGUCUGCUACAGUGAACUGGAUUUCAAAUUUGAUUGUGGCCCAGACUUUUCUUACAAUUGCUGAAGCCGUUGGAACUGGUGCUACUUUCUUGAUUCUAGCUGGCAUAGCCGUGCUUGCAGUUGCUUUCGUAAUUGUGUUUGUGCCAGAGACCAAGGGAUUGACAUUUGUGGAAGUGGAACAAAUUUGGAAGGAGAGGGCUUGGGGCAGUGGUUAUAACACCGACAGCCUUCUUGAACAGGGAAAUGAAUCCUAGUUAUCAAUGAAACAAGGAAAUACUGCCGGCUUGCGGUUGUAUGAAGUUGGUAGCUUAUCCUAGGGGCCAUUGGAGGUGUGUUCUCAUCUUUCUAUGCAUCUAUGUGGAAAGAUUGGUAUCUUAAAAUAUUUAGAUGACUUAAUUAGGGCGUUUUGCUCUUAAACAUUUUAUAGUUGAGAAGUUGUGGAUGGUCAUAGAUAGUUUUGUAUAUACAAUAUUGCAUUAUUGUCGAAGGGAUGUCUUUUUAGGUAGUCCCUAACCAGAGACAGACUCCUUUGUAUAUGUAGUUGCUUCUCUUUCUAAGGUCAUCUUUUUGAAGGUAAAAUGGCAUUCAAUAAACAUAGACUUGGCUGUUUUUGAUUGA